ACGCAACACUUGCUCUCCAACCUCACUCCAGUCUCUCUUUGGAAAAUAGGGUCCUUUGACUCGUGUCGUUCUUUACAACAAUCCUUGCUUCAAUUGAACUUCCAGUUCAUCAUCUAACUACAACCUCUUCAACGUUUCGAUUUUAACGAUCGUCACCAACACAAACAAACAACAUCAAAAUGAAGUUCCUCGCUGUUGCUGCUGGCCUCGUCGCCACUGUCUCUGCCUACACUUAUCCUACUCCCUUCAACCCAACUGCCAGCGGUGCCGGUCCUAGUGGCAACCCCAUCUACCUCCCCGACACCAGCAGCCCUGUCACCUUGGGUGAGGCUUACAAGAUCACCUGGGAGCCCACCACCCCUGGUCCCAUUGCUUUGGUUCUCUGCAAGGGUCCUUCCACCGACUGCGAGCCCAUGUUGACCGUCGCCGAGAAGGUCCCCAACUCUGGUGAAUUCACCUGGACCCCCAGCGGCCUCGACCCCUCCGCCACUUCCACUGGCGGAUACGGAAUCAUGCUUAUCGACUGGACCACCGAGGCUUACCAGUACACCACUCAAUUCGGUGUCCUCGCCGGCAAAGCUCCUGUUGUCUCUGCUUCUGCUUCCUCUUCUACUGCUCCCGCCGCUUCCGCCACCCCCUCCACCACCACCGUCAUUAUCCUCCCCAGCAGCAGCGCGGUGAUCAAGCCCUCCACCACUCCCGUCUGGAGCACCGUCGUCAACUACUCCCUCAGCACCACCGUCAUCUGCCCUGAGAGCACCAAGCUUCCUCUCGGCACUGGCACUGUCUCUGUCCCCUGGGCCACCAGCACCGGCUCUCCUAGCGUGCCCACUUCUGUGCCCAACACUGUCCCUGCUGCGCCCAAGUACACUGGUGCCGCUGACCGUAACAUGGUCAGCUAUGGUACCGUUGGUGCUAUUGCCGGUCUCGCCGCUCUUUUGGCCUUUUAAAUGAUUUCUUUAUCCUUCUUGUAGAUGUUUCUUCUCGAGUCCUGCCCCCCCCCCCUCCAGUCGGAGGUGACAGGUCACUCAAUCUCUGAUUUCAUUUCGACUGCAUCGCAAGCAAGCAACAAACCUGUCUAUGUCAUACAUUAAGUUUAUGUACAUUUUCGUUCGGGCGGCGUGGUAUAGUCGUUGUAACGAAUGGAGUCAUGAGAAUUUAAUCCCUUUUUUUCCCCCUCACAAAAUCUUUUGUGUACGUCUACUUGUGAUUAAUGUCUUGUAUAUCUCUAAUGAACUAUUUAUUCUC